AUGGAGUCCAAUCUGUCCGGCCUGUCUUCGCUGAAAGAAGACAACAAUCCUGUUUACAUCCAACCACAUUACAAAGAGUCCUACCGCCUGGCCAUCUACGCCCUCCUCUGUGGAGGCAAGGAGGCCUACGAGGAGUUCCUCAGGGCCGAGCAGAUCAGCCACUUCCUGUCAGAGGAGGAGAUCCUGUUCGUUCUCCAAAAUGCAGAGUUACCAGUUGUGGAGGAGGACGACUCCUCCGAGGGGAAACGGGUCACGGACGAGGCCAGCCCCUCCACCUACUUCCCCACGGAGUCGGAUGAGGAGGUGCCCGACCUGGAGCUGGGCUGGCCGGAGGUGUCGUUGGAGAGCGAGGACACCAGCAUCAGCAUGCUGUUCAACCCCACACGGCAGAACACACCGACCAUCAAAGAAGUGAUUCGCAAACAGAUACAGGAGGCGAGGCAGGUUAUUGCCUUGGCGAUGGACAUCUUCACUGACGUGGAUAUCUUCAAAGAGAUCAUCGCUGCCACAUUGAGGGGAGUGGUGGUCUACAUCCUCCUGGACGAUUCCCAGUUCAAGAGCUUCCUCACCAUGUCGUACAGGGUCGGCGUCAACAUACAAGACUUCAAGAACAUCCGUGUUCGGACGGUUCAGGGGCAGCAGUACCAGUGUCAGUCCGGGGUGAAGUUUCGAGGAGAUUUGGAGCAAAAGUUUCUUCUGGUCGACUGCCGAACAGUGUUGUUUGGAUCAUACAGCUACACAUGGUCGUUUGAGAAGAUCAACCUCAGCAUGGUCCUGGUGAUCACGGGUCAGCUGGUGGGCUCUUUUGACGAGGAGUUUCGCAGGCUGUACGCUCGCUCCACAGUCCCUACCGUUCUGUCCAAGGAGAGGUCGUCUGUCCAGUACCUGAGAAACACUGUGGCCCUGCAGAGCCCCAACUCCAGUCAGCUCUCCCUCCACAAACUCCACAUGCGACCACAAGUCAUGCACGGCAUGAGGAGUGCUCAGGACGACCGGUUCAACAACGCCACAAUGAUGACCAGAGGCUUGAGCGUGCAGGAGAGGCUGCACCAGUCUCACUGUUUCGACAUGGGGAAUCUGAUGCGGGGACACAGUUAUGGCGGGGAACUGCAGAAACUGAACUCCAUGACUCGGCUGAGGAUGGGGACCAAGGACUUCGGAGUCCCUUUCACUCCAGAGAAGACAGGACCAAACCCGAGGGGGGGCGGCGACUUGCAGCCACCAAACAGGUCGGUUCAGCAUCACCUUAGGCACCAGACUCGCUACGGAGCGGACCAGAAUCUGAUCCCCUUCAACUCGGAAACAUCCCUCCACAGGUGGAAGAUGGACACGUACUUUAACGAGAACGACGUGCCUCUAGAUGCAUCGUGUGAAGCGAUAACACCAAUAACAUCUCCGUAUAGCAGCCACACCGGCCUAAACGAGCAUCAGUCGCAGCUGAUUCAGAACAGGUCGAGGGACAUUAAGUCCAGGAUGGAGGAAAUGAGGCAGAAGAGGUUCAGUCUGCAGGACUACACCAAUCUCAGGCAGAGCCAAGAGUCCUUAAGGUCCUCGUAUCAGACUCUGGAAAGACCUAAAUAUAAAAGGGGUCUGGACAUGAGGCAGGGUGUGGCAGAACUAGAGCCAAACGCGCAAAACGGGUACAACCUAGAACCGGCCAACCACAAAGACAGUGAGCCAAAUAAAGAAGUAGAAAAAAGAGAGCAAACUCUCACCGAUGGCCAGCGAUCUGCAUCCCACCACGACGUCGCGAUGACUCCAGAUCGCAGGACGACGCAGAUAUACGACUGGCACGAGCCUCUCUCCAGGUCAACCUCCGCUGCCGAUUUCGAAAUGACAAUAAACGAUCCGUCGCUCAAGCUCUCUCAUCUGCAGCCCAGCGGACUCCAACACCAAAGAGCGAUGGAGUCCUUGACCGAGAUCCCUGAAGAGAAAGGAGAGGGCUCACGCGUCAACAGUUCGGACUCGGCUGCAUUCAAAGAGGGAGGUGAGGAGAUUUGCAAAGAUGAGAAAGCUGUUCCAGAGGAGAACCCUGUUAAAUCCAGCGUACCUGCAGAACCACAGCGCAAGGAUCAAGCCAGAGUAAGCCAUGGCUCUGUAGGCAAGCCGGCCAACAGUUCAGGUUCGGCUGCUCCAAAGGAAAGAAAGAAAUCAACAUCCAGUGAGGUGCAAACCCUUCCAAAAAUCUUGAACCCUUCUACAGGAUCUCAGCACUCACCGGAAGCUAAGAGUGGUCCCCCGGAAAGAAAGAAAACACAGCGAGAGGAACCGCCCCUUCAAAGGAAGAAUUCCUUGAGGAAGAAAAUGCAUUCGCUGCUUUCAACGGACGAAAAGAAAGCGUCCAAGAAAGAAGAGAAGUCGCUCCAGAGGAAGGCCUCGGUGAGAUCGCAGAGCUCCUCGGGGUCGAACCAAACUUGCAGAGUGGACCAUCUGCAGGCACCCGCGGUGGAGCAAACGACCAAGAGAGGUGCAUCGCCGAGCUCCUCCAGGUCGCAGAGCUCUCUCAGCUGCCCGUCAGAGCCGGAGAGGCAGAAGAAUCCAUUCCAGAGAUUGUCUCCUCGGAGUUCAAGCAAAAGAAAGCCGAACCCCGCGGUGGAGCAGGAGCGAGGAUCGAGGGGCACUCUGGACGACGAAGGAGCGACCGUCCAUCACCCCAGGAAAGAGAAGGUCUACAGUCGGUUCGAGUAUUUGAUUAACACUGAAAGUCUGGAAAAAUCGACGGUGGGGGCGAGCGUGUCACCUUCAGAGAAAGACGGACGCUCCUCCCUGAACAGGAAUGACUCUACGCAUCAGACACAAAGUGGCGCUGACAACAAACUGGGACGAUUCAUGCAGCGAGUAGGAAAUCUAAUAGCCAAGAACAAGUAG